AUGUUGUCUAGAUCAUUUUUAAGAGUGUCUGCUAUGAGUGCCAAGAUGGCAACUCCUCAAAUUUCAAGAGCUGUCUUGAGGUCAAGCAUGCAGCCAGCUGGUGCUGUCGCUGUCCCUAGAAUCAGCAAGAAGUCUUAUCAUGAGAAAGUCAUUGAUCAUUAUAGCAAUCCGAGGAACGUGGGAACGUUAGAUAAAACUGAUGCAGAUGUUGGAACUGGUUUAGUAGGCGCGCCAGCAUGCGGAGACGUCAUGAGAUUGCAGAUUCAAGUAGAUAAAGACACAGGUGUUAUAAAGGAUGUCAAAUUCAAAACUUUUGGUUGUGGCUCUGCUAUCGCAAGCUCAUCAUAUGUCACAGAAUUAGUUAAAGGCAAAACUUUGGAAGAAGCAUUGAAAAUUAAGAAUACUGCUAUAGCAAAGGAAUUAUCGUUGCCACCAGUUAAAUUGCACUGCUCUAUGUUAGCUGAGGAUGCCAUUAAGAGUGCUGUUAAAGACUACAGAUCAAAGAAAUCUACUAAGCCUACUUUAGGUCCCGAUGCCGUUUCUCACGAGCAUAGUACCGCUACUGUUUAG